ACUUUAUCUCGUGUGAACGGCAAAAUGAGCAGUCUUUCGAUUUGAUCGGAUUCGGUCAGGUGUUUUGCGGCGGACGACGGCGUCGGCGGUUUUUCGUUUGAGUUCGCAUUUGUUUGUGGUGGCGUUCCGUCGGCGAUUUCGUCAUCGUUGUUUUGCCGCGGGACUCGUGAGCGAAAUUGACGCGCGAUUGACAAGCCGCUGCGACGCGUUUCGUGUGCGUCACAGUUGAGCAAAGGCAUGAGCAUUCAUGAGUGAGUGAGAAUUUGGUUAGCGACGGUACUUUUAUAAACGGGAAACUUGGGUGAAAUUUCCAGUAGUUGCUCGUCGUUUUUAUCUUUGGGAGUGCAGGAUAGAUGUUGACCAGUGAUCAUGGAUUGAGUGGGAUUAAUGUGAUAAGUGGUCUCAAGCGAAACGUAAAUUUGCAUUGUGUAUAGUUUGUGUAAAAGCAACUUAGUUUUCGUCGCAUCAUAGUUUAGUUAAAUGGAUAUAAAAGUAGAACAAAUGAAGACUGAGCUGAGGACGUGCGUGGCCUGCGGGGAACCGAUCGCCGAUAAGUACCUCUUUGACGUUGAUGGAUGCUCGUGGCACGGUUCCUGUCUGCGGUGUUCCGUCUGUCUGACCUUGCUGGAGCGCCAGCCGUCCUGUUACUUUCGCGACCGGCAGGUCUACUGCCGGACGGACUAUGCAAAAACCUUCGGCGCCAAGUGCUCCAAGUGCAGCCGCUCGAUCGCCCCCUCGGACUGGGUACGGAAGGCCCGCGAUCUGGUGUUCCACCUGGCGUGCUUUUCCUGUGACACGUGCGGCCGGCAGCUUUCGACGGGGGAGCAGUUUGCGCUGAUCGACGACAAGGUCAUGUGCAAGAUCCACUACCAGGACACGGGCGACGAAGCUUCCAACUCCAGUGAUGAUGGUUGCAGCACCGACGGCUUCAACAAGAACAAGUCCAAGCGGGUACGGACGACGUUCACCGAGGAGCAGCUUCACAUCCUGCAGGCCAACUUCCAGAUCGACAGCAACCCGGACGGGCAAGAUCUGGAGCGGAUAGCCCAGCUGACGGGACUCAGCAAAAGGGUCACCCAGGUGUGGUUCCAGAACUCGAGGGCGCGCCAGAAAAAGCACACCCACAUUCCACGAGACGUUCACGGUUCGGCGAUGUUCAGCGCGCUGAGGCAGGAUCUCAACAACAACAGCAACACGAGCCUCAGUGAUAACGACAGUGGCAUGGGCAAGCCACCGUCCAUGUUCAAUUCGCACGUGAAUCUGAUCAAUCUGAUGGUGUAACAUAUGGGAAUGCAAUCAUUGUUGCACCUGCCGCCGGGAGGAAGCAGUCCAAUGCUUGAUGAUUGCUAGAAAGUGAGAGUCGUUUAACGAGAUUGGUGGAAAAUUGAUUGAAAAAAAUAAACCAAAGAUUUGAAACUUGAACUGGGCGUAGGGGGAAGAGUGCGAGUGAUUGGCAGCAGCAGCAAUGUCGAUGUCGAAAUUUUAGUUGAAUUUUAUUAUUUAUCUGUUGUGAGCCGAAUUUAGGAGAAGUACAGAUUUUAAAUUUGUGCUACGAAUAAGCAUUGAUGUAAGUCGAAAUAUUGUUAUAAAAAGAUAUUUGUGUACGUGUAAAUAUUCCAAGCUAUUGAAGUCAUUAAAUCAUGUAAAUACAAUUUGUUCAC